AUGGCCGUCGCAGAAAAGGCUCGCUUCUACUUGGAGCGCUCCGACGAAAUCCGCACCAUCGUCCAGAAGCGCAGCGACUUUGAACACCGCAUCCUCGCCCCCCGUUCCAAUCCCGAUGACUUCUCUUCCUACGCGAAAUGGGAAAAGUCCCUCGAUGCCCUGCGCCAAAAGCGCUGCAAGCGCAUGAAGAUCGGCCACGUGACGUCCCAGCACGCCUCGCAAGGCCGCGUCCUCGCCAUCUACGAACGCGCCAUUAGCAGACACCCCGGCCGGAAAGACCUGUGGCUCGAGUACCUCGGAUACACGGAGGAGGUCAAGGCCUCGAAGCGCUGGAGGAGAGUCAUGGCCGCCGCUCUGAGAAUGAUGCCCACCGAUGCCGAGAUGUGGAUCCACGCCGGCCGACGCUCGGCGAAGAAUGGCGAUAUGGGCGGUGCGAGAGGCUACUUCAUGCGCGGAUGCCGGUUCUGCACGACCGAGGGAACGCUGUGGAUCGAGUAUGCGAGGUGCGAGAUGGACUGGUUGGCCAGGAUGGAGGCGAAGAAGGGUAGCGGGAAGAAGAAGGACGCCAACCCCCUGGCUGGCGAAAAGAUGGAAGACGACGAUGAGAUCCGCUUCGAUGAUGACGAGGAUGAGGAUGGCGAAGAGGGCUUCAAGCUGCCGACGCCGGGCGCCGAGAAGAAGAAGGCACUCGACGACAAGGAUGCGACGGCCCUGAAGAACAACCCCGCCAUGGACGGUGCCAUACCCAUGGCUAUCUUCGACAUCUCGCGGAAACAACCGUUCUUCAACCCCGAAGUCGCAGAGAGGUUUUUCGACAUGUUCGCCACCUUCACCAAGGUCUCCUCCCACGGAAAGAUCAUCCAGCACGUCGUCGAUGUCAUGCAAGAGAUGGACGCCGCGCACCCGGCGACAUGGAACUGCUAUGUCCGCCUGCCGUUGGUGGGUGUCAGCUCCGAUACGGCCGCGUUUGCCCUUGGACUCAGAGAGGUUCUGUCGAGGUUGGGCAAGGGUUUGGAUGAGACUUCGGACAAGGAGACGCUGCAGAAGAAGAGUCUGGUAUGGAUCGAGCUGGUCCUCCUGUUCAAGAAUCUGGACGAGGGCAUCAAGGCUGUGUUGGAGCAUACCAAGGGCAAACUGCAGUCAUAG